AUGAACGCCAAUUCAAUCGGUGAUCCUGUACCUUGUUCACCGCGUAAAUUGUCAAAUGCUGGUCGUCCACUAACCAUCUUAGCAGAAGAACAGCAGGAAACCAUCAGAUUUCAUAUGCAUUCUCUCCUGGCUGAGCGAAUCUAUCCCUCUGUUGCCAAAGUUCUUAUUCGAAUUCGAAGUACAGAUGCUGAUUUUCCUGUCCAAUCGUCAACGACAUUAUGGCGUUGGAUGAGAAAGAUCGGUUUUAAAUAUCAAAGAACAUCAAAAGUCAAAGUGCCACUUGAUACUCUCACAUUUAUGGCAGCGCGUGCGCGCUAUUUUGCUAGUCUUGAUGAGCUACGCAGUACUGGUCCUAAGAUAUUCUGGUACGAUGAAACAUGGGCCAAUCAAAAUGAAGAGAAGCGUUUUGUCUGGACAGAUAGAAUGACUGGCAAAGGAUGA